AUGGACGACAUUUUCGAUUCUUCCCUCAAUCUUGAAGAGGCCCAUUUGAAGGAAGGUUAUGCCGAUGGCUAUGAAGAUGGUCUAGUCGCUGGCAAAGAAGAGGCAGAACAAGUAGGCCUUAAAGUUGGUUUCGAGGUCGGCGAGGAAAUAGGGUUCUACAGAGGGUGUGUGGACGUGUGGAAUUCUGCAAUUCGGAUCGAACCGGAACGGUUUUCUGUUCGGGUUCGAAAGAGUGUGAAGCUGCUGGAGGAGUUGCUUGAGAAAUAUCCACUUCAAGAUCCUGAGAAUGAGCAAGUUCAGGAGCUGAUGGAAGGCUUGAGGCUCAAAUUCAGAGCGAUUUCCGCCACUUUGGGUGUCAAAUUGGAAUAUAAUGGCUAUCCCAGAUCGAUUUCAGAUGGAAAGGAUAUUGACUAUUGAUUUUAUUUGUGUGGAGAUUGUGUAAAUAGGCUCUUUGGAAAUUCACAAUAGGUGUUGAAACGGUUGGUGAAAUUUUGGGGUUUGUUAUAUCAUUGUUUGGUCUUAUAUCUAAUGAGAAUUCCCUGUUUCAUCUUUUCUGGCGAGAAUUUUUGGUUGUAGUGUAGAGGCUGGGCGUAUUUUUUUGGCAUUGUGUAUUAGAUUUUGUAAACAAAAAAUGCCGAAUCAUUAUUCGAUAUACUCAGUAUGGUCUGGUUGAAGUUCUUGGAAGAAGGACUAGAAAGCUAUUGCUUGAAAGUGUCAAUUUUAUCACGAUUCAUGAUAUGAACUUGUUAUUUUUUAUAAUCA